CUGAACUUUAGCAUAAAACUCACCAUAAACUGAUCUCUCUAGUUCAGUCGUUCGACAACGAUCAGUGUGGCUUGGUAAAAUGUCGAAAUUUACAGUAUUGUUCUUGGUGAUCGUUGCUCUUUCUAGAACAUGUCUUGGGCAAAGUUUGUUGAAUGCGUAUAACGGUUGCCGAACUGAAUUCAACGUCGACAUGGAUACGUACAAUGCACUAAAAAAUGGAGAUUUUUCGGUCAGAUCACCGUUGAUCGAGUGUUUCGGGGAGUGUCUGGUGAAGAAAGCCGGUUUCAUGAAUGACGACCUCAGUUUCAACAAGGACACGAUCAUCAAGUUCGUUACUCGAUUCAUAAAGAAGGAGGACGCAGAGGAAGUGUACCAGAAAUGUACCUCGAAUGUUGAGCCUUCGUUGUGUACGAUGGCGUUCGAUGUUUAUCAAUGUAUGUAUGAGAAUUCUUACGCUAAGUGGGGCACGAAGAAACCCAAUCAAAAAGUGGAAUAAUUGAUUUAGUUACUAGAAUAGUUUUCAAGAAAACGAAUAAAUUAUAUUUAUUUUUCGCCGUUAUAA